ACCAUCAAAUCCCCACGCUCCCCCAAUUUUCCCUCCAAAAUCCAAACCCCACCAAAAAAGCACCAAUUCCCAAUUCCCUCCAAAAUUAGCAUUCAAACACUCACAAGCCCUAAAAUCAAAAUUCAAACUUUGCAAACCCGCCUAUUUAUUUCAAUUAUGAGCUUCCUCCAUACCCAUCUCCCCCAACCCACUAACCGUUCUUUCAAUCCCUCCAAAUUCCCGCGAUUCCCAUUUCUCAAAAACCCUAAUUUCGUCUCUCUGACCACUUCUUCCAUGGCCUCCUUCAAAUCCUCAAUUUCCAUGAGCCGCAGCAGUGAUGGUCCCGGUCGGGCCUCCGGCGAGGUACACGUUAUCGUGGGGCCCAUGUUCGCCGGCAAAACCACUGCUCUUCUCCGCCGGAUCAAGUCUGAGGGCAACAAUGGAAGGAAUGUGGCAAUGAUUAAAUCAAGCAAGGAUUCGAGAUAUGCGAAAGAUUCGAUUGUGACGCAUGAUGGGGUGAAAGUCCCGUGCUGGGCGUUGCCAGAUCUGUUGUCGUUUAGACAGAAAUACGGGGAUGAUGCUUAUAAAAAGGUGGAUGUAAUUGGAAUUGAUGAAGCCCAAUUUUUUGAGGAUCUCUAUGAUUUUUGCAGCAAGGCUGCUGAUCAUGAUGGAAAAAUUGUAAUUGUUGCUGGCCUAGAUGGUGAUUACUUGAGGAGCUUUGGCUCAGUACUUGAUGUAAUAUCUCUUGCUGAUUCUGUAACCAAGUUGACAGCUCGUUGUGAGCUCUGUGGCAAAAAGGCUUUCUUCACUUUGAGGAAGACAAAAGAGACACAGACAGAACUGAUUGGUGGGGCUGAUGUCUACAUGCCUGUCUGCCGCCAGCACUAUGUUAAUGGACAAGUUGUCAUGGAAGCUGCAAGGAGUGUUCUGGAAUCUUGUAAAGUUAAUAGUGAUUGCUAUCUUGAGGCAACUUCAGUUGUUUAGUAACAUACAUGGCUUGUUUACAACCUACUAGUAUAACUACAUUUGAUUGGGCUGGUAUUGUUUUUCCAUUAGUUGUCUGUAAUCUACAUAAUACGGUCAGUUUGGACAUUUUCAUUUAGUGUUUCUUUGAAUUUUUUUUUUUUU